AACUCAUUGGAGCAAGCGUUUUAAAGUGUGGCGGAUUGACAGUCCACUUGGAAUCAGAAUACCUGAGUUCAGAUCCUGACUCCACCACUUAACUCGUCGUUUCAUCUUGAGCAAGUCCUUUACCAUUUUUGUGUCUCAGUUUUCUCAUCUGUAAAAUGAGGCUGUUGUGGAAAAGACAGCACACAGCUCAUUGGGCUGUCAUGAGCAACACAUCAAUUCAUACAUUUAAAGUGCUUAUGACAGUGCAUGGCGCAUACGAAGCCCUCAAGUUAAAUAAAAAUGGGGUAGGUGGGAGCGAUGAAGAUUUAUAACAGCUUCCAGUAAAUGUCGAGGCACAGUAUUUCCAGAGCUUGUGCGAAGUAGGGAACCCAACAGCUCUCACGGCCUUCAAAGAAGGGGGAUCCUGGGUCCGGGAAGCUCGGCCGCAGUCGUGGAAUGUCUAGGGCAGCGGUGAGAGCGCUGUGGCUGGCUCAACGCAGCCCGACACCAGGGAAGACGCUCUGGCCCUCAAUUUCCCGGCAGCAAAGGAGCGCGAGGUGAUCUCCACUUUCAGCCUACUCGGUCCGGGGUUGCAAACUGCUAGGUGCGAGUGGCUGCGGCGCAGGCAGCCGGGACCAAGCAGGGAUCGUAACAGGGUCGAGCGCGACCCGGGACAGGUCCGGGGGCGGAGCUGGGCCGGGGCUCGCCCGGGAAGGGGCGGAGCUGCGGCAGUGGCGCCAAAUCGCGAAUAUGGCGCCGGAGCGGUUGCGGAGCCGGGCGCUCUCUGCCUUUAAGUUGCGGGGCUUGCUACUCCGGGGUGAAGCUAUUAAGUACCUCACAGAAGCUCUGCAGUCUAUCAGUGAAUUAGAGCUUGAUGAUAAACUGGAAAAGAUAAUUGAUGCAGUUGAAAAGCAACCCUUGUCAUCAAGCAUGAUUGAACGAUCUGUGGUGGAAGCAGCAGUCCAGGAAUGCAGUCAGUCUGUUGAUGAAACUAUAGAGCACGUUUUCAAUAUCAUAGGAGCAUUUGAUAUUCCACGCUUUGUGUACAAUUCAGAAAGAAAAAAAUUUCUUCCGCUGUUAAUGACCAACCACCCUGCACCAAAUUUAUUUGGAACAGCAAGAGAUAAAGCAGAGCUGUUUCGUGAGCGAUAUACCAUUUUGCACCAGAGGACCCACAGGCAUGAAUUAUUUACUCCUCCGGUGAUAGGUUCUCACCCUGAUGAAAGCGGAAGCAAAUUCCAGCUUAAAACAAUAGAAACCUUAUUGGGUAGUACAACCAAAAUCGGAGAUGUGAUUGUUCUUGGAAUGAUAACGCAGUUAAAAGAGGGAAAAUUUUUUCUGGAAGAUCCUACUGGAACAGUACAACUAGACCUUAGUAAAGCUCAGUUCCAUAGUGGUUUAUACACAGAGGCAUGCUUUGUCUUAGCAGAAGGUUGGUUUGAAGAUCAAGUGUUUCAUGUCAAUGCCUUUGGAUUUCCACCCACUGAGCCCUCUAGCACUACUAGGGCAUACUAUGGAAAUAUUAAUUUUUUUGGAGGUCCUUCUAAUACAUCUGUGAAGACUUCUGCAAAACUAAAACAACUAGAAGAAGAGAAUAAAGAUGCUAUGUUUGUGUUUUUAUCUGAUGUUUGGUUGGACCAGGUGGAAGUAUUGGAAAAACUUCGCAUAAUGUUUGCUGGUUAUUCACCAGCACCUCCAACCUGCUUUAUUCUGUGUGGUAAUUUUUCAUCUGCACCAUAUGGAAAAAAUCAAGUUCAAGCUUUGAAAGAUUCCCUAAAAACUUUGGCAGAUAUAAUAUGUGAAUACCCAGAUAUUCACCAAAGUAGUCGUUUUGUGUUUGUACCUGGUCCAGAGGAUCCUGGAUUUGGUUCCAUCUUACCAAGGCCACCACUUGCUGAAAGCAUCACUAAUGAAUUCAGACAAAGGGUACCAUUUUCAGUUUUUACUACUAAUCCUUGCAGAAUUCAGUACUGUACACAGGAAAUUAUUGUCUUCCGUGAAGACUUAGUAAAUAAAAUGUGCAGAAACUGCGUCCGUUUUCCUAGUAGCAAUUUGGCUAUUCCUAAUCAUUUUGUAAAGACUAUCUUAUCCCAAGGACAUCUGACUCCCCUACCUCUUUAUGUCUGCCCGGUGUAUUGGGCAUAUGACUACGCUUUGAGAGUGUAUCCUGUGCCCGAUCUACUUGUCAUUGCAGACAAAUACGAUCCCUUCACUAUCACGAAUACUGAAUGCCUCUGCAUAAACCCUGGCUCUUUUCCAAGAAGUGGAUUUUCAUUCAAAGUUUUUUAUCCUUCUAAUAAGACAGUAGAAGAUAGCAAACUUCAAGGCUUUUGAGAUCUUGAAGACCAUCUGAAGAAAAUUCAUCAGUUUUCUGCUUAACUCUGUAUCUUAUGUGAUUUUGAUAUUACAAUAAAAUUAUGGUAAACUUUAG